AAAAAAUUAGACAAAACGAUGCAGCAUGGAUCCAGUUUUCCUUUUACAAACAUGGACAGGAAAAAGAAGUAUGAAGCGAUCAGAUUAGAACGUGAAUCUGUCAUCCCCGUCCUCAAAGCGCAGAUUCAUCGGGAGGAGAGCCUUGCCUUUUCAACUCUACUCAUAAUGACCAUUCUGCAUGCCAGCAAGUGAAGGAGAUGAACCAGACCGAAGAAUAUAUGUACAACAUUUUAAAAGUAUUCCAAUGGCUGAUCUGGAAUUAGUUUUGUUGUGAGAAUUUCCCGCCGCAGAGUCAGGCGUUACCCACCACACACUUCUCUCGACCCUUGUCUCUUCUUCUUCAUUUUCACCAUCACAUUUUCAAACAAGCCUCGACUGAUGAAAAAUUAUGGGUAAAAGAAAGGAUGUAAUAAGACUAGAACGUGAAUCUGUUAUUCCCGUUCUCAAGAAUAAGCUCGUCGGGAACUUGGCCGACCUCAUUGAUAAAAAAUCGGAUCGAAUUGAGUUUCAAAAGCUGUGCCAGAGAGUUGAAUACACCAUUCGAGCUUGGUAUCUUCUGCAAUUUGAGGAUAUGAUGCUAUUGUUUUCCUUGUUUGAGCCGGUUCAUGGGGCUUCCAAAUUGGAGCAGCAGAACCUAAAUCCUGAAGAGAUUGAUGACUUAGAACAGAAUUUCCUCACCUUCUUGUUUCAGGUGAUGGAUAAAGCCAAUUUUAAGAUAACAACUGAUGAGGAGAUUGGCAUUGCACUUUCCGCACAAUAUCGCCUAAAUCUUCCCAUUAAAGUUGAUGAAACUAAGCUUGACAAAGCCCUUUUGACGAGAUAUUUUAGGAAGAACCCUCAUGAAAACCUUCCAAACUUUGCCGAUAAGUACAUAAUAUUUCGGCGUGGGUUUGGAAUUGACCAAAGAAGUGGUUACUUUGUCAUUGCAAAAAUAAAUACAAUCAUUGCGCGUAUAUGGAGAAUUUUCCUGACAAUAAUUGGACUAAAAAGGCUUUUCUAUGGGAAGUCAAGUCAAGUAUCUAGUAAAGAUAUGACAAAACCUGUGGAAAUUCUCACCGAGUCUGAAACGGCAGCCGAAGGCUUAUAUGUUGAACGGAUUCGUAUUGAGAAGCUCAGUCUCAGCAUUGGUAAUUUGUUUGGCAAGAUCACAAUCCAAGAACCAACGUUUCAACGAAUAAUUGUUGUUUAUAGGAGAGUAGGCGGCAAAAAAGAAACAGACAGGAAUAUAUAUGUGAAGCACUUUGAAAACAUUCCCAUGGCUGAUAUGGAGAUAGUUCUUCCAGAGAAGAAAAACCCAGGUUUAACACCAAUGGACUGGGUCAAGUUUCUUGUUUCAGCUUUAAUAGGGCUGGUUACUCUGAUUAGUUCUCUCAGUAUCCCGAAAACUGAUCUACGAGUCAUUUAUGGGAUCUUGACGGCAGUGGUCGGUUACUGCGUUAAGACAUAUUUUGCUUUUAACGAGAACUUGGUAGCAUAUCAGAGCUUAAUUACACAGUCCGUGUAUGACAAGCAACUGGAUAGUGGAAGGGGAACUCUUUUACACUUGUGCGAUGAGGUGAUUCAACAGGAAGUAAAAGAGGUGAUCGUUGCAUUCUUUAUUCUAAUGUUGAAAGGAGAAGCAACUAGAAAGGUUCUUGACCUGCGUUGUGAGGAACUAAUCAAGGAGGUAUUUGGAGAAACCUGUAACUUUGAUGUGGAUGAUGCGGUUCAAAAGUUAGAGAAAUUAGGGAUUGUUUCCCAGGAUAGUAAUGGAAAUUAUAGAUGCCUAGAUGUGAAGAGUGCGAAUGAGAUAAUUGGCACAACCACAGAAGAGGUUGUUCUCAAGGCUAAACAGGGUGAAACUGAAGCCUCUUCAACCUGACAAAUUGAAACUGUUUGUCAAUGAGUAAGGUCAAAACUUUUCUUGAAGAGAUUAUUCUUCUUCUACUUGACAGUUAGUACACACGCCAUGCAAGUACUGGUUAUAUUUGGUUGUAUUUUAUUAGAUAGAAUGCAUUAUAUUAUAUUAUAUUAUAUAGUAUUGUACCAAAAGAAAUUUAUAGUGCUUACGUAACAUUGUAUAAACAAAAUUAUAAUAAUAUUUAAGGAUAGAAAUAGUUUUUAUUCA